CGUCAAUUUUUAUGUUGCGCGUGCCCCUGCUCAUAAAAAUCACCUCAGUUUUGUAAACUCGCUGGACAGAAUCAAAUCAGACUAAUCAGAGAAUCGCUGCUGGCCGGAAGGUUAUCGAGUGUGUAUGGAAAUCAUUUCUGCCAUCAAGGAAAAUCGAUGUCUGACGGCGAAGAAUCGCUAGAGACCCGUCUUGCAAAAUUUCGUCUCGAUCGGGAAUUGACCAAACAGGAUUCGGCGAUUGGUGGUGUUGCAGUACAACUAGACAUGAACCGUGAGGCAUUUGGAGGAGGGAGGGAAGAAGGUGGAGGCAGAUUUCACGCGGGUGGUGCAUAUAGAGGAAGACGUGGUAGGGGAGGAUUUCGUGGCGAGCGUGCUGAACCCUGGAGAGGAGGGAAACAGUUACGAAGGGACAAAGUCAAAGAGAGGAUGGCUUAUGAAAACGGUGAGGGAGGAACAAGUUCCAGCAAAUUUAAAAGAUUUAGAGAUCCCAGAGAUGAUGAAGUGGUAACUGGAGGAGAUGAAAGGCCCCCACCAGGACUGCGAGGGAGAGCACUGGGUUUGUUCUUUCGCGAUAGACACACCAGAAAGAAAAAAGAAAAGGAGAAGCGAAAAGCAGUGGACAUAACAAUUCCUCAGUGGCAGAUUGAAGAGAUACGGAAACAGCUAAAGCUACCUGAUGGGCAAGGAAAUGUGGAUUUCUUCAAACACUUCAUGCACAAUGAGGAUAUCAAUUCUCCAUUCAAGAACGAAUAUCUGAGAGUGAUCAACAAGAAUUUGGAACAAAUUCUGAAAGAGGAGUCCUUGAAAGCAGAGGUGCCCUCAGAUGAUGCACAGGUAGAGUGGAAGCAAACGAUGAAUCAAAGUUUGUAUGAAGAAUGCAAAAGGAAAGAUCAUUCCGGUAAAAUGAAACACUUUCGGGAGAAGUUACCUGCUUUCGGGUCGAGAGAAAGCAUUUUGGAUAUGAUUGACACACAUCAGGUGAUCCUGGUUAAAGGUGAAACAGGCAGUGGAAAAACCACCCAAAUUCCGCAAUAUAUCCUUGACCAAGCUAUGCUGCAGGGCAAGGGAUCGGAUUGUAGGAUCAUUUGUACCCAACCGAGACGAAUUUCCGCCAUUACAUUAUCCGAGCGAGUUGCUGUCGAGCGUGAUGAGAAAUUGGGUAAAUCGGUAGGAUACCAAAUCCGUUUGGAUUCUAAAAAACCUAGGAAAGAAGGAGCUACCAUCACAUUCUGCACAACGGGAAUAGUGCUAUCUGUAAUGCAGAGCGAUCCCUGCUUGAAGGAUUAUUCCCAUUUAAUUCUAGAUGAAAUUCACGAACGAGACGUCAUUACUGACUUACUACUUGGCAUUACGAAAAUGAUUCUCCCAUACAGACGAGACCUCAAGAUUAUUCUAAUGAGUGCCACCUUGACUGCGGACACAUUUUCCAACUAUUUCAACAACUGCCCAAUGGUUGAAAUUCCAGGCUUAACAUUUCCCGUGGAAGAAUUCUACCUGGAGGACGUGGUAGCUGAGCUUGAUUUCCAUCACUUUGAAGGGGAGUCAAGUAAAACAAACUAUCGCAGUAAGGAUCAACAGCUUAUGAGUUUCUUUGACAUGAUCGAUCCCUACCUCCCGCAAAUACGCGACGAAUACUCUGCCAAGGUAUUGCGCACAAUAAGCAAUCCUCAAAGUGAAACAAAGCAAAACAAUCUAAUAGUGGAGCUUAUUUGUCAUAUUACAACCACCAAACCCGAAGGCGCAAUACUCGUGUUCCUACCGAGCUUGGCACAGAUAACAGAAGUUCAUAAACUGCUCUCCAAUCAUCGCCGUCUAUCGCAGAAGUCCACGCUUAUCUAUCCAUUGCAUUCGAAAGUUCCUCAACUCGAUCAGAAAGCGGUCUUCUCGAGACCCAGACCAGGUACCCGAAAGGUGAUCCUAGCGACAAACAUUGCGGAAACUUCGAUUACUAUCGACGAUGUGGUAUUCGUAAUAAAUGCCGGGCGGCACAAGAUCAACAUGUAUGAAGAUGGCAUAUCUUCUCUGCGCGAUGAAUGGAUCUCCAUUUCCAACGAAAUUCAACGAAAAGGCCGAGCUGGUCGUGUCCAACCAGGAGUUUGCUACCAUUUGUACACCAGAGCCCGCCGGAACGUGCUACUCCAGAACACGCCACCGGAAAUUCUGCGAGUAGCGUUAGAUGAAGUUAUUCUACAUAUUAAAAUUCUUGCUCUGGGGGACGCCAGACAAUUCCUGGAAAGGUUGAUCGAUCGACCCUCCGAUACAGUGAUUGAGGAAUCACUGGAACUUCUCAAUCGUCUCAACGCCAUCGACGACAAAGAAGUUUUAACACCUUUGGGGUACCAUCUCGCUCGUCUCCCAAUGGACCCUCGAACUGGAAAAAUGGUUCUUCUCUCCAGUAUCUUCAGCUGCACCGAUCCAAUAACAUCGAUCGCGGCCAGUCUUUCGUUCAAGGACGCAUUCUACAAGCCCUUUGGCAAGGAAAAAGAAGUCGAUCGUGUCCGUCGGCGAUUUGCUGAAGGCUUCCACAGUGACCAUCUGAUGCUGGCUAAUGUUAUCCACCAGUGGGGUCAACUGUCCUACCAAGAAUUGCACGAAUUUGCGCGGCGAAACUUUCUCAACCAGACCACGUUGAAGCAGCUGUGCAGCAUGAAAGCUCAGUUCUGCGAAUAUUUCCACCAGGCCAAGUUCCUACAGCAUAUCCAGCCGGAAGCCCAUAGCAAUAAUCACAAUUCCGGUAAUGAGAAACUACUGACGGCAAUCGUCGGUGCCGGACUGUACCCGAACGUGGCCUUCGUCCGCAAAGUUAUCCGCAACCGACACAGUGCGGAUGGUCGAGCAAUACUCGCCAUCGAAGGGCAGGGACGGGCCACGAUUCAUCCUUCGUCCGUGAACAGCACGCUGGCAAAUUUCGACUCCAACUUUGUGGUUUAUUACGACAAACAGAAGAUAUCAGAAUUAACGAUUUUUGAUACAACGGUGGUGAAUCCGUUUCCACUGUUCUUUUUUGGUGACAACCGGGUUGAGACGGAAGGGGCUUACGAGCUAAUCUCCAUCGCAGGGCAUUAUUGCUUGAAAUGCAACAAAGAAACAUAUCGACUGAUUCAAGAUUUGCGCGGUGGCUUCAAUCUGUUUCUCCAGAAGAAGAUAUGCGAACCAUCGCCGGUCGAUUGGUCAUCAGAGGAGGGAACUUUAUUGAGGGCGAUAAUCGAACUGAUUACGAUCGAUGGAAAGUUCGAAGACGACUUCGACGAUUACGAAGAAAUGUACCAAGGAUCACACUCGCGACCCACCAUGGACGCCGGACCUCGCCGAAAUCCGGAGGAAAUCCAACUGACGGAUCCUGAUGGACCCAACUAUUUCGACGAUGAUUAUUAAAGCUACGCUCUAAAAUUGAAAUCUUAGAAUUACGAGUUCGUUUUCAUUGUAAAUUAUUAUUUGCAUUUUUUUCAUUUGUUUAAUUGAAAUCUGAAUUCGGGAAAAAAAUGCAUGUAGAAAAUUUUAAUUUUGUAACUGUGAUUUAAAUCCCUACGUGGGUUGAAGUUCGUUGAAUUGGAAAAAUGAGUGAAUAAAGUUAAUAUCAAUGUCCCAACAAAA